AUGGUCCACCAAACAAACCGCGCCGCCACUCAUUCCGACAUCUACCAAUUCCCAGCACAACGAUUCGACGAUGCUGGCCCGUCUUGCACGCACGCGCCUCGUGGCCCCACCACGAAACAGCCGGGAACGGGCCUUCCCCAGGCCCCAAAUCGGGAUAAACCCUGGUCUGCGUCCCAAAGGCCUCGUCCUGGUCCCGAAUCGAACGCUCGAUUCGAGCAGACGGAUCUAUCUUUGCAGCCGACUCCUUUGAGUGCGCAAGCAUUGAUCGAAAAAGAACCUAUUAGGGUCGUACAUGGGAGGAGGGCAGUGUGUGAUGGCGGAGGAGGUCCUCUUGGCCAUCCUAAGAUCUUCAUUAAUCUCGACAAGCCCGGCCCACGGCCAUGCGGCUACUGUGGAGUUCGUUUCGAGCAGGCUCCACACCACGGCCACGAGCAUUAG